AUGGUGGUUCAUCUGGCGGCGCAUCAUUCUCAUUACCGUCCAAUACCACAAGCAAUAACGCCAGCAUUACUGGUUCCAAUGGCUCGUUCUUGGUCUUUCACCACAUCCAACUCCUGGCAAAUUGAACUAGCGCAUCCUCUCAUCAAUACCAGCUUCAACGCCUCGGUCUAUGACAUCGACAUGUUCGACAACAAUGCUACCACCAUCACCACUCUUUACAAUCAGGGUCGAAAAGUAAUCUGUUACUUCUCGGCCGGCAAUUACGAGAAUUGGCGCCCGGACGCCGGAUCCUUUAAUAACAGGACCGAUCUUGGAAAACCGCUUGAUGGUUGGGCAGGCGAAUGGUGGCUCAAUACUUACUCGACCGACUUCCGCAACGCCAUGCUUUCGCGGCUCGAUCUGGCGGUGACGAAAGGCUGUGAUGGUGUCGAUCCUGAUAAAAUGGAUGGUGACAACGAUAAUGGCCUCGGUCUUACGCAGGCAGAUGCUGUAAAUUACGUCAACUUCCUAGCGGAUGCGGCUCAUGCACGAGAUCUGUCAGUCGGCCUAGAGAACGCGGGAAAGAUCAUCCCGCAGGUUUUGGGAAAGAUGCAAUGGGGCGUGAAUGAGCAGUGCCUACAGUAUGGAGAGUGUGAUACCUGGCAGCCAUUUGUGGAAGUAGGGGAGCCGGUCUUUCAUAUUGAGUAUCCGGAUGGAGCGCCCAAUGUGGCAGCACAGAAGGUGGACAGUAUUUGUGGCAAUGAUGAUGCUAAGGGGUUUGAGACGGUGUUGAAGGAGAUGAGUUUGGAUGAUUGGGUUGAGGCUUGUCCUGAUGAUUGA